UUUAACUUGUUUUAGUUACGAGGUUAUUGCGAACCUCUUUAAUCAAAUUCAACACCAAUUUCAGAACUGUUAAAAUGUGCACAAGUAACUGAAUGUAGUUUGGGAGAAGUUUGCGUAAAAAUUGAGUGUGGGAUUUAUCAAAACUACUACAUUAUGGACAUUUUAACACGUUCAAUCUUGCUAUACCUAGUCUCUUUCAUAGUGGUCUGCCUGCAUCUGACGCCAAACUCCGCGCAUACCAAAGAUCUAGGGGCACUUCCACCGGGAAAAGAGGACCAAUCUCGAGGAAAAAGAGGAUUUGUUAUCACCAAAAGCAAACCAGGUCCCCUUCGGCAGGUAUUUGGCAUCUUCUACGAGCAAUGGAACGACACCAGAUUCACCUUGAAUUCGAUUAACAAACUCUUCAAUGACCAAUUUUUGCCAGAGAAUGCUUCGCUCACGACAACCACCCCGGCGGCCCCCACAAACGUCACAACGAAACCACCCCCGUUCAAGAUAACCAGAUCUGAGCUGUUGCGCAUAUUGAGAAGAAAUAUAAAGGGACUGUCACGAUUGUAUAAUCUGGAACUGGAAGAUGCACUAAAGCAAUCUGAAAUAACCAGAAAGCAGUUUAGAGCGAAUGUAACCAAAGAAGUUGCGAAAUUCUUGUGAUUCCUUGCAACGUGGGAAAUAAUCUACUGUGAUACAUUUAAAAUUAAGUUUUUGUUUAUAAUAUAAUUAUGUUCUUAAUUUAAUGUAAAUGAUGAAAGUAUUUUUAUUGCAACACAAAGUUCGAUGGUAUACAACAAGUUGCAUAUCUACAUACACCAUCGUAUAUGAUACUCUGGUCAUUGAUUUAUUCAAUGCUCUGGUCAAAUGUUUCCAUGAUAAAUGCUAAAAUGCAAUAAGUAUUAGAUCCUUUAGGUGAAAUUUAAAAAAUAGGGAUAGGUACCCUCUGGGUGGGGUAUUCUAAUCACUAACAACUGAUAGUGGUUUUUCCG